GCAGCCACAACGGCGAUCGGAGCCGAAGUGAACCGGAGCGGCUUUCAACAGGCGUGCGAAUCUGGUUCGUUUCGUAACGCGCAUCGACCCCGCACGCGCGCUCGUGAGUCGUCGCAGAGAUCGUAUACGCACUUCGAGACUCUUGUACUGCCCAACGGCAACAUCUCCUCUGACUCAUAUCCCGGAACUUUAGCAACUCUAUAAUACCAAGCAACAUAUGAAUCGCGUCGAUUGAAGUGAGAGCGGGGAUGUCUGAUUAUGCUGUCUUCGCCCAGCCUGAAUUCGAGCCCAAUGAAUAUGCGAAUGCAAUACUUGCAGGAGAGCCCUACCCACCUCAGACUGGCAAAUCGAAAUCUGCCAAAGCCGCGACGUUUGAGCCUGCGAACGAAGACAUCUCAGUCGCGAUCCAGAAGCUGAACUUCAGCAUUGAUGAUGUUGACAAGCAACUCAAGAAUGUCACCACCCACCAUGAAGAUCUGCUGGUGCAGGCAGCUGGCGUUACGGAGCUAGAGGGGUCUCUCACAUCUGUCAGAAAUGGGCUGGACGAGCUGGACACGUCGUUCGAGAAACUGCGCACCAAGGUCCGCGUGCCGUACCAAUCGCUGCAAGUCAAUGUCACAAAGCUGGAGCGUAUACAACAAGCCAACGACAUCCUCCGCCGCAUGUCGCGCUUCGUCAUCCUCACGCGCCGCCUGGAACUCCAGCUCGCUGAGAUGAACAAGGGCGAAGGCCUCGAAGCUGAAACACCCAAAGUCAAGCAGGAAGUAAACGGCUCUCCUCGCCCUGCUGAAGGCAGCUCGUCCGAUCCUGCACAUGCGCUAGCGGAGUUGGAAGACGAAAAGGAGCGAGUCAUCUCGAAGGCCGCCUUGACGGUGGCUGAGUUGAAUUCGCUUCUGGACAAUGCCCCGCCGGAAAACAGCGAGGGGCAAACUGCCUCGGAAGAGCACAAGGUGCCUCUGAGCUCCAUCAAGACCGUCGCUGCACACUUGCCAUACAUCGAGUCUGCUCGGACACGGAUUACCGCUGACAUGGAGAAUAUGAUCAUGACCGGUCUAGCAGAACUGAACCACUCUCUCAUCGCAUCGUCCCUACAAACAGCGCACAACCUCCGCGUCCUUCCCCUACUCGUACAACAACUAGUGUCCGACCUAUCGGAGACGGUAGAAGGGCGAAUCAAGUUUGCCUUUGACAUGUCCCGUAUCUCUAAGGAGGUUCUAGCCAAGGAACCACAGUCUGCGUCGCACGGGUUAAUGUACAAGUCGCGAGUGCGGACUGAGCCCACCAACGUCACCGCUCCUCAAUAUUCUGCCGCGUUAUGGACUAGCUUGGAGGGUCUUGUGGAAGAGAUGGCGUCGUGUUGCGUUAAGGUAUAUGCGCUAGAGAAUGUCCUCAAACUCAAAAAGGACCCGAUGACCCAAGUUAUCUUCCUCGAUGAAGCCAUGAAGACCCUCGAAAGCAAACCGAGUACGUUCUUCUGGAACGCCAUCGGAAGAUCCCUCGAGAAGCAGGCGAAGGAUGCCGCAAAAGGGUCCUCCUUCCUCCAACAAACCUUGAGCUCCGGGUAUCCAAGGCUUCUUCGCCUGUUCCACUCCUUCUUCGCCAAGAUCGCCGUGCAGACGGACACGAUAUACACCCAGACGCACCAAAGUCCGGAGACGGUCAUCGUGCUCCGCGCCCUCUCCAACUUCGAGUCACUCUACCUCUCGCGGUCGUCCAACCGCCUGAACGAGGCGGUCGGCCAGGCCUUCGCGGGCGGGCCACGAUCGCCCCCUGGCUUGUCGGAGGGCAUUAACAUCGCGCGUGUGGCCGCGAACGAGCUCGACUCGGCCAAGUUCGACCCGUUGCUCGUGCGUUCCGUCGCGCAACACGUCGCGUCCGCGCUCGAGAUGCUCACGUCGCGCGGAGAUGGCAUGGUCAUCAGGGAGCGGUCGGCAACGACGUUGAUAGGGCCCUCCGCGACGCCCUCGCAGGUCCUGAACGGGCAGCUCGCGACAUGUUUGCAUGCGUGCUGGUCGCGGUUGGAGAAGCUGCAGGUGGAGUAUCCUGAAGGUGUUCUCACGUACAUCCGGAAUAGCAUUGCGAGCCUCAACCGUGCGGUAGAGCGGAUAGUCGAUCCCCUGCUCGGAGCUGUUCGUCGAGAACUAGGAGCAAUCAUAGCGAGACUGCACAGGAUGGACUUCAGCGAUGCUGUCGAUCCCAUGUCUGCGAUGGGCGGAGGACCGAGCCCAUACAUGAAGGAUCUCGUGGAAAAGAUGUCCUUCAUCCGAACAGAGGUGCUCGUCCAGUACAACGUGCCGGAGCGGAUCCGCGAAUGGAUCAUCGGGAUUGUGAAGUACGUGAUCAAGACGUUCGUGCUGCACGCGUCGAUCGCGAAACCGCUCGGCGAGAGCGGCAAGCUGCAGCUCACGAGCGAUAUGACCGAGCUCGAGUUCGGGCUUAGUGCAUUCAUGUCGGACAAGACGCAACAGGGGAAGCGCGGUACUGACUGGGAGAGCGUGGGCGAUGACUAUCGCGCUCUGCGAGCGAUGCGUCAACUGCUCUUCCUCGACAACGCCCAGCUGGCGUCACCUGGCCACACGAUGGGGCUGCCGCCCUUGCUCGUACUGCAUCAUAUCCUUGUCAGGUCACCGAUUGCGCUGCCCCACACGCUUCACGGGUGGGCAGAGGCGGAGUACGUCCGGUGGGUGAACGAACACUCGGAGGAAGAGGCAUGGACCCUCGUCGAGGGCGACCUCACGCAUUGGGAGAAAAUUGCGGAAGCGGAGGGCAAAGACUCGCCCGAGGCGAACGAGUACGUGCAGCUAGCGAGGACGGUGUUGGCUAAUGCGAUGAAGAAGCCUUGAUGCGCUCUGAUGUUCGUGCUGCUUGUUGUUAUGUAGGUAGACAGCGAUUAUGUUGCUUGUCCUCGGUGCAUCUGCUAGCUAGAGCUUGAAGCAGCCCGCUCCAUCUACAUUACGCUU